AAUACCAGAUUCCCUACCUGAUUACACACCUUUCUAGAAUUAUUCCACGCCAGUUCUCAUAUCGAGAAGGACGCAAUUUUCCUUAUUAAGUACCUAUUUCUAUUAGUUCGUGAAAAGUAAAAGUUAUUUUAAUAGGCAUAUCAAGUGCAAUACUUACUAAACGUUUCUCCCAUUAUGACUAGCUACACGGAUAAAGGACGGAAACCCGAAGCUGGCCGGUUUCUAGCGUUCGAUCACCUUACUUUCUGGGUGUCCAAUGCUAAACAAGCAGCCAGUUACUACAUAACGCGGUUCGGUUUUCAACCCUUGGCAUACCAAGGUCUAGAAACUGGAUCUAGAAAAAUUGCAUCCCAUGCUGUUAGAAUGAAUAAGAUAAUCUUCGUAUUUCAAGCCCAAUAUGAGCCAGAGGAAACGGAGUUCGUGAACGAAGUGGCCUACCACGGCGAUUUCGUGAAGGACGUCGCCUUCCAAGUGGAGAACUUAGAUUAUAUCCUGGAGUAUGCGAGGAAGCAGGGUGCCGUGGUUGUUAGGGACUUGUGGGAAGAAAAGGAUGAACACGGUGUUGUGAGGAUGGCUACACUGAAAACGUACGGCGACAACACUCACACUCUAGUAGAUCGGUCGAAAUAUGGCGGAUCAUUUCUACCAGGGUGGCAGCUGUUGGAUGCUGAUCCGAUACAUAAAUUCCUGCCUAAAGUGGAGAUCAAUUUCAUAGACCACGUGGUAGGAAACCAGCCAGAUAAUGGUAUGGAAGCAGCUGCGUCUUGGUAUGAACGUUGCCUACAAUUCCAUAGAUUCUGGUCAGUAGACGACAAACAGGUUUGUACAGAGUACUCAGCCCUCCGCUCCAUAGUGAUGGCGAAUUGGGAGGAAACCGUCAAGGUGCCCAUCAACGAGCCAGCCACGGGCAAGAAGAAAAGUCAGAUACAGGAGUAUGUGGAGUACCAUGGCGGAGCGGGGGUUCAGCACAUCGCUAUCAACACUGAGGACAUUAUUACUGCUAUUGACAACCUCCGAGCGCGCGGCGUAGAAUUCCUCACCAUACCGUCAAAAUACUACAAGAUCAUCAGAGAGAAGCUCCAACACAGUAAAGUGCGAGUCGCCGAGAGCAUAGACACGCUAGAGCGGCUCAACAUCUUGAUAGAUUACGAUGACGAUGGAUAUCUACUGCAGAUAUUCACCAAGAACACUCAGGAUCGACCGACGCUGUUCUUGGAGGUUAUACAGAGAAGAAAUCAUAAUGGUUUUGGAGCUGGCAACUUCAAGACACUAUUCGAGUCCAUCGAAUUAGAACAAGACAGACGGGGGAAUCUUUGAAAUCUAGUUUUAUUAUAAGUCAUAAUAUAAAUAAAUAUUUACAAAUAUUAUAAAUGCGAAAGUGCUUGUAUGAUUGGAUUUUUAAAAUACUUUGUUCACAAAGUAGAAAGUUAGUUAAGGACAACUAAUCCUAAUAUUGUUUAUAGGUAUUAGAUCUUUUUAAAUAAAUGAAUUAAAACCAUAAAUAGAGUACAUAGUUUUAUUGGAUUAACGCAAUUCAACGUCAUAAAUACAUCGUCAUGUAACAUUGAUUAGAUCUUGAAAACGAGAGAAGUACCUACAUAUUUACAAAACCUACUAUUAUUAUUAUGCAAUUUGGUAUAUCGAGACCAGAUUCAAAGUGCAAUAACAGUAUAGUAAAGGUGAUCGCAUACUUGUUCGUACCGCACAAAAAUAUUCAAAAAUAUUCUCAAAUAUUCAAAAUAUAUAUUAAUUGUCACAUAACGCCAUAGCAUAACGCGUACCAUCGUUCGACUGAGUCGGCUCGUAAGGUACAAUGUGGGGUGCGGGAGUGUUAUAUACGUAAGUAGCUACUCAAUAUAAAAUAUUGUAUCAUAAGUAGGUAGUUUAGAAACUCAUAAUAAAGUCACGACAGCGCGUAUAAAUCACGCGACGUCGCUCACACGCUCCUACAACUCACACCAUACCCUAUGAGCUGUCAUCGUCCAGCAGUAGGUACAUCAAUAUAUGUGUUUACUUACACUUGAAGGAAACUUUCAAUACAUACGAACCACGAACAUCAAAAUUGGUGGGAUUUGAACCUAAUAAAAAUGACAUGGUUUCACCAUUUCAGAAAGAAAAAUGCGGGUUCGAGACAAGAAUUGAGUCGGUAAUACUGUAUAAUUAGUAUUUUAUAGCACACUGUCAGUGCAUCGCCGUUCUCGUUAGAACUCGGCGUACACACUAGCGUGUUUCUUGAUAUUUUUCCAGAAUUUUCCUUAAUGCUUCGAUCUUUUUAUAACAAGUCUAUGCACCACAUAAAGCGUGUUUGAAACCUUUUUACUUCCUUAGUUGAUAGAAAAAUAAACAACAUUUUAAAUCCAGUCUCGACAUCUACCAAAUUCAAUUUUGGGGUACUCUAGUACAAUAUAAAACCCAAGAUGUAAAAACUAGUGCGCGACAGUUAUAAUUGACAAGCCGACGGAAUUUACAAAAUAUUAAAAAAAAAUAUUUAAAUAAUAUAUAAAGUAAUUUACAAUUUUAUACAUUUUAUUAAUCUUCGAUAAAUACUUGCAAUUUUUCUUACGAAGUAAAACACUUUUUUAUAAACAUCGUAAUUGUAUCUCUGUCUCUUUCAUAAAGAAAUGCACAACCUUAGGUAAACGCUCAUUUAAAUGUGUUUAUUUAAAUAUAUGCACACAAUAAUAUUAUGCUAUGCGAAAGAAUGAGUUGCAAUGAUCUUGAGAAUAUUUUCUUUUUUGUAUGGAUAUUCGAAAUAGUACUUUUAAUAAGCGUAAAAGAUUCUAUAAUAAAAUACUCUUACAAGGAUUUCUCUAUACAUAGUUAGUAAUUUUUUUCUAUAUUGUUACAGUUUUUGCGGAACCGUUAAGUGAGCGUACACCUUUGAGACAUACAGAACUUUUUGAUAUUUAAAAUGCAAUCAAUCCCAUCGAUAUAUAUUAUUAAUUAAAUAUAACAUGGUCGAAACGUAAAAAUUAUAUAGACAGCACCAAAAUAUUUCAAUCACAAAACGAAUAUAAACACUAUAUUAUUUAAUAAUAAUUAAUUAUAAUAAAGUGCAAAAAAUGCAUAAAUACAACACAAAUAUUUUAUCUAAAAAAAUCCCUUAUUAUUUUUUAUCUAAGUGUCUUUCUUAGUUUGGGACAUUUGAAAAUAAUUUCAACUCUGUUUUAUAAUAUUACAAGUAAGUUUCGUUGAAAUGGAAGCAUUUUUAUUAAGUAUUUUUUGAUGUCCCAAAAUUAAGAAAUCUUGAAAUAGUUGAAAAUUGUCUCUAAUUUGUGUAACCUAACAACCAAUGUAUAAUAACAUUCUGGGACAGGUAUUUUCUUUAA